GUCUCUUUUUUCUUCUUUCUUCCUUGUUCUUCCUUCUCCUUGGCCUGUAUCUACCGCUCUAAACCGUUGCUUCAACCAAAAAUCUUAGCUAAAAAUCUUCCCUUUUUCUGCUUUAACCAAUCUCCAUUUCAAGACCCAUAUUGAAUCUGUUUAUGUCACCAAAUAGCAUUUAGAGGGAAGUUAUAUAGCCCAGAUUAUCAAAGUUCUUUGUGUAAUUUUUCUCCUUAUCUGAUUGUUCUUCCGGCGAAAGGGAGGGCAACCCACACCAAGUUUUGAACUUUUUGGUUCAGAUAGGAGUUAUGAAUCCUCAAGGAAGAGUUAAAGAAGAGUUUCUUGGAGCAAGCCCAUCUUUUGCUGGAAUGGCUUCAUCUACUGGUGCUCCUCAGCCAAUAGAGGGACUCCAUGAUGCAGGUCCUCCUCCUUUCCUCACAAAAACCUAUGAUAUUGUUGAAGAUUCAGGCACAAAUCACAUAGUUUCUUGGAGCAGAGGCAAUAAUAGUUUCAUUGUAUGGGAUCCCGAGACCUUUGCCAUGAGUCUUCUCCCAAGAUACUUCAAGCACAACAAUUUCUCAAGCUUUGUCAGGCAGCUUAAUACCUAUGGAUUUAGAAAGGUUGAUCCAGAUCGGUGGGAGUUUGCUAAUGAAGGGUUUCUCAGAGGGCAAAGGCACCUUCUUAAGAAUAUCAGGAGGAGAAAGACACCUUCACCUCUGGCUUCACAGCAAGCUUUAGAUUCUUGUGUUGAAGUUGGAAGGUUUGGACUGGAUAGAGAAAUCGAUACGUUGAGGCGUGACAAGCAGGUAUUGAUGAUGGAAUUGGUGAAACUCAGGCAACAUCAGCAAAACACUAGAACCUGUCUUCAGGUGAUGGAAGAAAGGUUGAAAAGGACAGAAAUGAAACAGCAGCAAAUGAUGAGCUUCUUGGCAAGGGCAAUGCAGAAUCCAAGCUUCAUGCAGCAACUUGUUCAACAAAAAGACAAGAGGAAAGAACUCGAGGAAGCAAUCAGUAAAAAGAGACGGCGACCAAUUGAUCAAGGGCCGAGCAGUGUUGAUAUUGAUGAAUUAGGCCAAGAUAUCGAAGGAGGAAUCUUUGUCAAGAUUGAACCAGAGGAAUGUGGUGAUAUAGCUGAUUUUGAAGUUUCGGAGCUGGACAAACUUGCCAUGGAUAUGCAAGGACAAAUUGUGAGCCAAAAUAGCCUAGAGGAAGAGGACAUAGAGAGAAGAGAGGAACUAGGAAGCAAAGGCAAAGAACUUGACGAGGAGUUCUGGGAAGAUCUACUGAAUGAUGAUAUUGAAGAAGAGGGAGCUCUUUUGGGUGUUGAAGGUGAAGAUGAAGAAGAUGUAGAUGUUUUGGUUGAGCAGCUGGGUUACUUGGGUUCUAGUCCAAAUUGGAGAAGCUGAGCAUAUCUUCCUAUUAAUUUCCUAAUUACAUUGUUUGCUUCAACAAGAGUUAGGUAGGCAUCUAACUGUCUGAUUUCUUUCUUAAUUUUGGUAAGGGUGUCCUUUCAUGCCAAAACCCUCGUAAAUUUUCAGAAAGGUUUUUUGGGAUUGAUUGGAGAAUUACUGCUUGUACGCUAACACUGAAAAAAAUUUACAAAAGCAAGUGCACUCGUAAAAUGAAACAGCUAUUUUUUCUUGUAAUUCUUGAAAUAUUGACAAUUUCAAUAGAUGUUGGUACUUUUG